GGCGUCGCUGUGGGCCCGCCGGGGGAAGCGGGCAGCUCCCUUCUUGGAGCCGAGCGAGAGCGGCAUAUUCGGCGCGGACGGAGCGUGCGCCAGCCUCUCGUCGCUUGCUCGGCCCAGGCGGUGAGCUUCGGCCGCCGACCCCGCCUCCGUGCCUCGCAGCAGCAGCAGCAGCAGCACAGCCGCGGCAGCCGCAGCUGCCCGAGAGGCGGGCAGAGGAGCAGGAAGGCGCGCUGAGGUGUGUGCAGCAGCAGCAGCAGCAGCAGGAGCCGCCGCCUCCCCAGGGCCGGGUAUGGCCGACAGCGCCAGCGAGAGCGACACGGACGGCGCGGGGGGCAGCGGCGGCGGUCCGGGGGUGUCUCUGCCCGGCUGCCCGGCGGGGCCUGGCUCCUCGGGGGUCGGCAAAGCGGGCGGCAUCGUGAUCUCGCCGUUCCGGCUGGAGGAACUGACGAACCGCCUGGCGUCGCUGCAGCAGGAGAACAAGGUGCUCAAGAUCGAGCUGGAGACCUACAAGCUCAAGUGCAAAGCGCUGCAGGAGGAGAACCGCGACCUACGCAAGGCCAGCGUCACCAUCGUGAGUGCGGGAGGGCCGGGCAGGGCGUUACGGGGCUCGACCCCCUUGGCCUCCCCCCCACGCGAGGCACCCUCGCUCCGUCCUCAGCGAGGCCCGCCGCUCGCCUCUUCACCUGGGAGUUGGUGGAGGGGAGGCGCCGGCCGGGCCCGCCUCAGGUGGGGCUUGGGAGGGCCUCGCCUUGAGAGGGUUCCGGGUGGGAGCGCUGGCGAGGCGCCGGGUGGAGGCCCAGCUGGGAGGGCUCCGGGCUUUCCCGCGCCUCCGUCCCCUUUUCUCGCCUGCGCGCUUUUCCCCACGCGCGAGCUGCUGCUUUUCGCCCUGGUAGACAGCUCGAUCCUGCGCCUACUCCAAAGUAGGUCCUGCCGAGUUGAGUGCGCGCAGGAUUGCAUCUCGGAAUCUGAGCCGGGCCUUCUCGGUACUGGGUCCUUGGGCAGCAGCCACGCCAAUGGGCCCCUGGUGGCAGCCGUCUUUAUUUUCGUUUUGCUCGCCACAUGUUUUGGAGAGGGAAUGGGCUCCCUUCUUCUCUAUUCCGCCUGCUGCCGCCAUGCACGUCUAUUGCACACAGUUGUUGUGUCGUCGCCGCCGCCUUCUGUUGGAAUGGCUGGGUUGUGAUUUUUUGUAUUCGCACCUGAGCGGAAGGAUGGCGUUGAAGAUGGUGGCUGCCCGAAGCGUGGUUCGGAAUGAACAGGGUGCCCCAUGUAAGUUGCAGCGUUAGAAUCUCAGAUAUAUAAGCUAAGUGCCAAAAGGCUCCUUAAACCAGGGUUGCCAUCACCAAAACGGAUAGCCCUAGUUGCCGUUUUGGGGCCAGGUAGGCCUAAAGCCAAAUUUCUCAAUAUGGCUUUUUGGUUGCUGAAAUUCAUUCUGAUUGUGCAGAUAAAAUGUAACGGGUAGAACUCGUGUGUGAAAGGAGUCAAGAUCCAAGGAUUCCCAGGCAUGCAGCUCCAGAUGAUGGAGGCAUCAAAAUGCACCUGACGAAUUUCGAAUGCUGGCAAGUUGGUGAGAGCAAUGAAAAGCAAGGAAGGCAUUAUGUGUGGGUACAGUGAGGAAUAGAAGUGUGGAGCUAGAUGAAUGGUGGACUUCAGAUAUUGCACACCUUUAUACAUGAUCUUUCUAUAGUAUUUAUAAAUUGCUUUUCUGUGCUUUGGACUAGAUGCCCAUUGGGCUAGAUGUCCAUUCUAUUACUCUAUUCUGUACCCCCCUUUUUUCUUCCAAGGAGCUCUAGGUGGUAUACAAGCAACUCCCAUUUGCACAGGCAUUGUGUUCUAGGUCAUUGGCAUGUCAGUGGUCACACAUAAACCCAUUCUGCUCCCCUCCAGGCCCGAAAGCUGCAUGUAUGUUGGCCAUCAGUUGGACAUGUGCAAAAUGGUCGCCACCUGUACAUGGUUCUCUCACCCCAAUCCCCACAACAACCAUGUGAGGUAGAUUAGAGUGAGAGGCAGUGAGUGAGUAGCCCAAUGCCACCCGGUGAGCUUCAUGGCCACAGUGGGGAUUUGAACCCUGGUCUUCUGGGUCCCAGUCUGACAUUCUAACCACUCAUCCACAGUGGCUCAUUUUAUAUAGCAAAGCCAGAUCUAGGGUGACUCAGAAAAACAGGGCAUAGAGCAGUCACAAAACAUACAAGUGGGAUCAAGUUUUAUUCUUUAUUCUCUCUCAGAUCACUGAAUGGUUGCCAUUGACUUGUAAUAUGGGGGGAAAUAAAAUGCUGCACUGAGAGGAAAGCCAUGGCAAAAAAAGGUGCCAUAUGGUACUGCAUAGGUCUGCUAUUUACUUACAUUCUGUGGCAGAAUUGCUGCAACCACCUUCAUUGGUUUUGUGUGAGGUUGCAGUCAAAAGUCUAGUUACUGUGUUGCCAAAGCCCUGUUCAAACCUAACAUUUGAAUGCUUCCAUUGAGUCACAUCAGUCCUGUUAUUGCUGCGCAAAUGGUUCAUUGGAUCCAACAAUGACAUUACAUUGGGGCAAUGCUAGAUAUGGUUUUCCUUUCUCUAAUUAAAGAGAAUCAAACCUAUUUGUGUGGGACCAAAUAUAUAAUGUCUAAAUCAGAAUGGGCACUUUCAGAGAUUUGAAGUAGAAUUGCCUGUCUAAAAUGGCUUUGGUUCUUGGAAAGAAAUUAAUCAGUCUUAGCAAAAUUCCAUGGUUUAUGGUAGAUUCAGGAUUACAGCCUCUGUAAGCAGAGUUGCUUCAGAGAUCAUGAAAAUUAGCCAUAGCCUUUCUUUUGAAAUUUGACUUUGUAUGUAGUUUGUACGGUGUGCCAAGGUGAAAACUGUACUUGAGUGCCUCCAGGUUACAUCUAACGGGAUUUUAGUUGUCCAAAAUAGUUUGACAAAUAGGCUGCUAUGAUGUUUAUUUUACAUUACUAAGCACAGUCCUGAUGAAGACGCAUGGGAGCUGACACAACACAAGUACUGGUGCAAGGCUGGGCUUUUAAUAUGCAGGGCUUCAAUAAUGAAUAUUAGGUACUGUGGCAAAAUACACUAGCUUAGUUUUGUGAGCAUCUAUAAGUCAAGCCAAAUAUAUACUGAACACAAUAUCUGUUGUCUGUUGUAGACACAAGCUGUUCACAAACAUAUUGUGUGACAUUGACAAUAGUGGUAUGUUCUAAGGGACCAGACUACAUAGGGGAACCAGUUAUGUAGCAUAACUGGUCUAGUUCAUUGUGGAAUAGACAUUCCUAGGCAAUCACUGACUUUCAUCAGCUAGGUAAAAUACUGUCUCUUUAGUUGAAGUUGCUGAUUAGUUUGCUUUAUUCACUUCUUAAGUUUGAAUACUUAUUUGAGAACUGACUAUCAUACUGGAACAUUUCACUCAUUUUGAAUCUAUUCUGACAAUAGAAAACCUUUGGCUUAAGGGUUUACUUUAAAGCAUAGUAGUAGCAUUCUACAUGGCUCUGAAAUUUUGAAAACUUGGUGAGUUUGUCUUUUUGACAUCCAGCUUAUCCUAUAAAUCAAGAGGCAAUCUUGUGGAAUCUAUAGAAGUUUGGCUUCCUGUGUAUUUCUUGGAGAAUAGUGACCAAACUGUUAGGAAGGAGUCCCUGGUGGAUCCUAGAACUAGACACAAGAUACUCUUUGAACAAAUGAAUAUUCUUCUUUGAUGCCAGUAAAAUGAACAAAUGAUUUUUUGCUCCCUAGUACAGUGGUACCUCGGGUUAAGUACUUAAUUCGUUCCGGAGGUCCGUUCUUAACCUGAAACUGUUCUUAACCUGAAGCACCACUUUAGCUAAUGGGGCCUCCCGCUGCCGCACGAUUUCUGUUCUCAUCCUGAAGCAAAGUUCUUAACCCAAGGUACUAUUUCUGGCUUAGCGGAGUUUGUAACCUGAAGCAUAUGUAACCCGAGGUACCACUGUAAUUCUAAUAAGAAUGAGUCUGAAAGGGAUACCUCUCCCCAGCAAGCUCCCUAUAUCAGGAUGUAAUCUCCUGCCAUAGGGAACCUGUGUAGAUGCUCUCUGCUUAUCUGGUAGGCUCCCCCAAAGUCUGGGUGAAAUUUUGUUUACAAAGUGCUGUGAAAGUGACCACAUUUAAUGGAGUUAAUGAAUGCUUAUUUGUCUGGAUAGCCCUUUCAAAAUAAAUGAUAACAGCUUGAUAAGUGUCUUGAUAAGUAUCUUGAUGAUGAUACGCAUUAACUUCCACAGGAUGCUGAAUUAAAUCUCCUUUUUUACUAACAGAGAAAGUCUUCCAGUCUAUGACUUCUCAAGUUUGAUAUUAACUGGUAUGUUCAUUGAAAUAGUUUAUGUUUAAUGAGGCUUGAUUGGGUCACCUGAUCUGGAUUCACAUGGGGGGAAAGAGUAAUAAGCAAGUGAUAAAGACUCAUUUCUUCACUUGUUUUUAUCAUGAUGAAACAAGUCUCUUUAUAUGUUGUGGAAUAUACUUGGGAUAAUUUAAAGUUCAGUAUUGGUACAUACUAUGUUAGGAGGCAGAAACUUCUGGGGAAAAUGCCAAAAUUAUUUGCAAUGUGACUGGAGGAGCUUAUUGAUGCUGAUUUCAGUGAAUGGCCUCAGAUGCAAAUCUUCACAUUAAAGAUGUGUACUUUAUGUAAACUAAGGCCUUAGAUGUGUGCAAGUUCAAAGGGGUUAUCUUGAUAAUAAACAAUUACAAUUGGCAAUACUUUCUUUAAGAGUCUAAAUAUUGCAUUCACCAGAGGUUUAUAUAUAAAUGGUUUUAUAUGUAAUACAGAAAUACAGAAGUACAGAUAGUUCUGAAAAGCUUACUGAAGAAUAUAGAAGGGUACAGCAUUUCUAUAGCAAGUUGUUGGCAGUCGGCCUUUUAAUAGCUUUCAAAAAUAUCUGUAAAAUGAACACUUAAAUAGUUUUUGAUUGUCAUCGCAAGGGCUGUUUAAAUACUGAAAAUCAAGCUAGAUACAUAAUGGGCAACAUGAAAAGUAGUGUUAAAUCAGUUGUGCGUCACAACUGAAGUGUUAAUGUGCAAGCAGUAAAGGAUUGAGUGAAUGCAUAAAAAAGAAUAGGAUGUUAAUCUAAGAACUACUUUAUACAAUUUUUUGCUGUCAGUACCGUUGGGACUUAGAGAUGCUUCCUCUUUCAGUACAGCUUUUUUCUGUUUCUUUUUGGUGUUUUAAGAUUUCAGGCAAUGUUUUAAAAACGUAGCUGUGUACAGUUCACAUUUCUUUUUGCUGUAAGAUUUGAACAUAAUUAUGAAACCAGUGGAAUUUAUUUGUUAAUGUGAAAAGAGCUGAAACUUUUUAAAUGUUUGUUAAGCAGAAACGAAUAUUUCACUAACUUUUAGUGCUAAAGACGGCUUCCACUAUUAAGUAUUCAGAUGCAUCCAGUAAUGUAGAGAAGAAUAGUUUUUUUAAAAAUAAUAUUUGAAAUUUGAUAGUAGAAGAGAGUUGCCCAAACUUCUGAAAGCUGAGGCAGUCCCUCCUAUCCCGCAAUUAAAACUGAUGGCAUUCUUCUCUUGUUUACAUAACUAAAAACAAAGCUCUUUGGAUGUGUAAGAACUAUCUGCCCUCGGAGGAGCUUUACCCCUGUGUUUCUGAGUUGCUGUUCUGAGUGUGCCUCCUCUGAGGGUAGUUCUGCUACAUCUCUCUCUGUGGGGUGAUUUAAUGAUCAAAUUGCAUCAAAUGCUGAGGCUGCUUGGGAGGCUCUAAAGACAAACAGUGGAUCUUACUGACAUGCAGGUGGCAGUCUCCUCUGUAGCUGGAUCCUUUUUGCUUGUGAGAGGUUACUUUUGAUUGCAUCUUAGCUGUUCUCUUGCGGCUCACUGGUGUGCCCAAAUAGCAGAAAUUUAUGGGGGUAGCUGUGCUGGAUUUAGGGGGGGAGCUUGAAUUUAGGAUGGGUACACAUUACCUCUAUUGCUUGUAUACUGUAGGUAGAGCAGAAUCCAUCGUUGUUGUUAGUUCACCUUCUCCGCACUGCCAGGAUGAGUAGCAUCUCAUUGUUCAUUGGAUUCCAAGGAUGAUAUCAUCAAUAUACAGUGGGAAAUUUUGCUGCAUGUAUCAAGUGUUGGAGCCCAAGUUAGAAAUUAUUAUUUAUUUGUAUGAUGUGUUAACAGUGUACUUAGUGUUUUUAGAAGUCCAAAGAUGCCUUAAAAUUUAUAGUGUAUUGAUCUGUUUCUUACUGGAAAUAGAAAUCGUGGCCACAGCAAAGAACCACUCAUCCAUACUUGUUUCUUGAAUUGCACCCUCUCAAAACACAUUCCUCCACCCUCACACCAAUUCUACAUGGCAAACCUGUUUUAAAGGGGAAGUUUUAAAAAGUAGCUUGUGCUGUGGCAAUGCGGGUGAGGUAACAAUCUAAUUGCUUUUUUAAAGAAAACCCACCAGGUUAGUACAAGCAUUUGGGUGUGCCACAGUAGUUCUUUGGACUUCAGCCCAUUUGUGUGAUUUUUUUGGAUUAUUUAAUAUUUAUAUGGAAUAAGAUUUCCCUUAAAGUUACUGGUCCCCCCCCCCCAUGAUAUUUUGACAUAGCUUUAUACAAAUAAAUAUAGUAUUAAACAAAGACAGUUUCAACUUACUCUGCAGAGGGAGCAGUGACUACGCCAACUUUUGUUGGGCAAGUGGGGUGUGUGAGUACACAGUGAUGCACCUUUAAUUAUUUUUAUUUAAUUGCCAAUCUAUUCUGUACAUCCUAGGGAGCAAAAAUUCACUUACUAUCUAGCACUUCCACCGUGUUCCUUUCUAAUAGGAAGCAAAAUUCUGCGCAAGGUCCUUUCUACCUUUUGGGGGGGAUUGUCACAUCUAUUUAUGCAGAUUUCUGGUGAUGAGUCAAUAAAGGUACAGAAGGAUCCUGCAGGUGAGAUACCCAGAACUAGGACAGUACUGUUGAUACAGACUGGUCAAAGAGUUGUAAAAUGUAUUUGCGGUCAGAGGUGUGCAGUACAGCAAUGGAAAAUAAUCUAAAAUGGCAAGUCCUGGCAAGAAGUUGGAAUAUUUGCUUAGUUUUUGGUUUGCGUUAACAAUGACAACUCGGACCUUAAAGCAAAGCGGUUAUUAAACUAGGUUCUUGGUGGAAAUCAAUAAUAUGGCAUUUUUUCGUUCUGAUGUUUAGUUUUAUUUUCUUUAUUCUUAUUUUCUUUAGACUCCCUGAUUAGAUUUCUUAUGCAGGAUGUUAGUUUUGAUCCUCCUGCAUAUGAGUAUGUACAUGUUUAGUUCUUGCUUCCUCCUAAUAAGUGUUACAAUAAGAUGCUUACCAUUCUAGGUUUUCUGCUUUCUGAGAAAGGAGGCCUACGGUUGUCUCUUGAGAGUGUGGCAGAAGAGAUGGAUAUGAAUGUUAAGGCACUCCAUCUUUUUCUUAGUUAAUGAAACUGGCAACUCUUUGGGCAACUCAUCCUAAGUAAACUCCGUGAUGAAAUUGUUAAAUGUUUUUGGUUUUGCAUGUUCUGGUGAAACAGCCAAAGCUGGGCAUAACCAUUUCUAGCCGCAGAAGAGAUUUGAGACUCUGGUGACAAGUUGGAAUCCUGGAGUACUCCCAGACUAUGAAUCUGUUCCUUCAAGCCCUCACAGAAGAGUUUGCUCCCCUAAUUCCUGGACUUGGAAGGCAUCUACCCACAGAACCUCCAUCUUGUCAGCUUUCAGCCUGUUUAAUUGGCCCCGAUCCAGCCCCUUACUGCUUCCAGACACAAGUUCAACACCUGCAUAGCACCUCCAGAUUGAGAUAAAAUGGAGAGAUAAAACUGAGUGCCAGCAGCAUAAAGAUUCUGUGCUCCCAACUCCACAUAUGAUGGCACCCAACUAUUUCAUAUAGAUGUUGAAUAACAUAUAAAACAGAAUGGAUCCUUGUGAAGACCCCAAGCUGAAAAGCUAUGGAGCCAAGUAACUUUCUCUAGAUGCUCUGAAAUAAUAGCAACUUUCAGCAAAUUGAAGGACGUAGUUAAAUCUUUUUUCCUCUCUUCAUUGACAUUUUUUCCUUUUCCUUCUCCUUCUCUCUCUUUGUUGUUGUUGUUGCUCAUUUAAAUUUAUCCAAAAAAAGCAAAGGUAGCCUUCUUUCCCUUUUUGUUUCAUGAUACUCUAUUGCUGACUGCACGGCAUUAUUUGCUGACUACAUGGCAUUAUUUUAAUAAUUGUAUACUCCAUCCAUAGAGCAAAACAGAGUGGAAUUUCAGAGAGAACCUGGAAGAAUGCCAAAGUGUAAGGGGUGGGAGUGACUCAACAGAACAGUUAAACAAAUAUGGUAAUUUGUAACUGUGUUCUUAUUUAUACUUCCCACAUGUAGUGGAACUAUAACUGCUCUCUGCUUGCUGCUAGACACAGAAUAGAAAUGUUAAUUAUUAAAGCUGAUGAAUAUCUUGCAACUUAAGAGUGAAGAUUGUGCAUAUCUUACCUGUAGUUAUGCAUAUUCUAUAGCCUUCUAAGUUGAAUUGAAACUUGCUUCUUUUCUCUGGGAAACUGAAAAGAACAGCCAUGCUUGGACUAUGUUAGGCAAGGCAAAAGGUAUGUGGCAAAGUUCAAAUGAUCCAGUUAAUUAAAAGUGUCAGUAUAGUCAAGUCACAAAGGGAAAGAGUCUUUAAUAAAAUGGAACCAUUUCCAUUUAUAUAUAUGAAGAGAUCAUCACAGGAGGGGAGACAUGAGAGUGAAACGAAAAUAUUCCAAGGCUACACUCCAAAGAGUCUGUUUAGGUGCACCACAGGGCUUCUGUGUUUUUCUCCAUCUCCGUUGGCUGCCAGUCCAUUACUCGGACCAAAUCAAAGCUUUGGUAUUAACCUUAAAGUCCUGAACAGCUUUAGGCCAAGUUACCUGAAGGAUUGUUUCCUCUUAGACAUAAGUUUCUGGAUCCUAAGAUCAUCUUCAGAGACCCUUCUCUUGGUGCCCACACCAGAUCAGAUGCUGUGGCAAUGGUAGCUACCCAGGAGGGACAUUUUUUGGUGGUGGUGCUCUGGUUGUGGAAUGCCCUUCCCAGAGAUGUGUGCCUGUUACCCACAUCAUGGUUGUUUUGCCAUGCUUUUUAAGUAUUUAGAAUCUUCUGGUGCUUUUUAAUGCUGUUUUUAUAUAGUUGCAGAUUGUGGCUACAAUUUUUAUUGUGAUUAUAUGUUUGGCCUUGUAUUAAUUUUUGUAUGGCUUUUAAAUGGUCUUGUUCGCCACCCAGAGAAUUAUUGGAUGAGUAAUUGAGCAGUAUACAAUGUUUAAAACAGAGAAAUAAAUCUUCCAUGUCAUAUCACAAACUGUUUUCAAAACGUGCCUGCAAUGGAGCUGGGGUGCACUUGUGAAACCAGGCUGGGCACACAGGGUUACUAAACCUGUGAAAGUGAUUUUUUUUCUUUCCAAACCAGGAGCUAUGGCUAAUUAUGGUUUAUCCAAACAAGCCAGGAUCAGAAAUGGUGGUUUGAUCUUGGCUUGUUUGGACAAACCAUAGCAAAAGCUAAUCAGACUUUAACCUCUUUAAAAUGGAACCAGAUGCGUCCCAUGUUUUUCUCACCACCAUGCUAAAGAAUGAGAAGGGAGUGCACAAGCACAAGGCUCAUUCAUACAGAACUAGUGCUGUGUCGAAAGGCAACCUUAUGUAAUUCACAGUUUGUAAAAAUUAAAUGCAGGCAGGCUGCAUUGCAAAGCAAGGCAAAUGCGUCUACAAAGCUAGUAAGGGAAACCAGUGUUACUCCAACAGAUUGAGCUUCAUUGAAGGCUUCAAAUCAGUAUGAAUUUCUUCCAUUGGAAAAAUACAAGGUAAUAAAUACACCACAUGAUUUGGAUUUAGACAUCAGACACCUAAAAUGAAGCAAUGUGAAAAGGAAAUGAUAGAAACUACUUUUGUGACUUCACAAACUAUUUUUUCUAAGCACAGAGUGUUCAAAGUUUAUUCCGAUGGAUAGCACAACCAAUAUCCUAGAAUCAAGUUGCAAGUUUCUCCAACUUGUUUGCACACCCUAUUUUUCUGUAUUUUGUAAUACAAAUUAGCUCCAGUUUCAGCCAGUGGGUGCCAGCUAUUCUGCCAAACCUGCUGUUCCAAGUAUGAGUGUGCACUAUUCUAGAGCACACUUGGGUCAUCUACGGUUCCAUGCACCAGUGUAGUUUUUCCUGUACCCUACUGAAGCAAGGAGCUCUGAGCAGUACAGUGAAGGAGAGGAAACCUCUGUUGGUUGCCUAACUAUCUCACACAGCCAGUCACACAGGUCCUCUUUCUCUUUUCUAAGCAUGCUACAACUCCUUUCUCCGUUUUCCAUUUGUGUCACUUUUCUGCAUUAUAAAGGCAUAAUUUUCUCCAAAAAGCACAACUUUCUUCAUCUUGUUUUUCAUGUUUUGUACUUCCUUAAGAAGCUUAGUAUAGUCAAUAUUUAUAGGACCAGCUCCUUAUAAGAGGAAAGAGUGUUGAAAGCUCAUGGUACUGAUCUGCUUAUUUACAAAUGUGCACAUACAAAUGGAUAAAACACACAAACAUACUCAGUUAGAGUCACAGUUGCUGCCCCCUUUGCCUCUCUAGAAUUAUCGCAAUCAUCCAGCCAGCCAGCCAGCUCUAGGCUGCUUCUGUUCUGCAAACUUUGUGAAAAGAAGAAAACAAUUGUGCCAAACUAAAACUGGAUUGAGUUCUCACCAGAGCAGUAUGAGUCACAUCAAUGCCUGGAACAACCUAAUGAUCCAUUAAUGCCAUAUUCAAAGCUCACCAAGCACAGGGUGGAUGUCAUAGUAGGCCAGCAAACUUUACAACCCAGUAAUAAUUUUUGAAACCGCAUUUUAUAUUCCCACUGCCACAAGACACACACAGGCUAUAAUCUGAAAACAAAAAACUGCAGUUAGGUGAAUAUGGAAGCGGCUCCUUCCAUUCUCCCCCUUGGCAUCUGUGCCAAGCACUAUAGUCUGAUAAGUAGAUUUAUUGCAUUAGCCGAGUGGCCAUAGCAUGAUAUACAUUAAAAUAACAACAUAAAAUGGGGGUGGGGAGGUAGAGGUAGACAUCGUCCUGGGCGAAUACUUAAAGAAAGUGAAAGAAAAAAAAAAAAAAAAAAAAAACAAAAGCUGCUGAGGCUGGAGGAGGACCGUUGAAGGGUCCUUCAGCUCCUCAGAUUAGUCCUAACUCGAUUGUCCUUGUACAAUAAGGCUACUUGGAACUUCGUUCGGUUGUGCGGCGUAUCGACUGCAUCUGUGGUGUUAAGGAAGAAGUUAGUGCCGCUUUCCUCUUCAUCACACUAAGCAGGAAGUUAGCUGUCAUCUCAGUAAUCCAACAAUCAGAAUCCUGCAAAAAGAGGACACUAUCCAAGGCUGGAUUGGGAGAUGGAACUUAUUCACGAAGGGAGUUAAAAACCGAGAUCUUUCAUCUGUCCAGUUGGGACAGAAGAGCAUUACAUGUUCCAUAGUCUCCAGGGCCGUGUCAUUACAGGAGCAUGUUCUGUUUGCGAUGGGAACUCUGGAAUAACGACCCGACAGAACUGCUGUAGGAAAACAGUUGAGACGGGCACAGGUAAAAGCCCUUCGCUUAGUCUCCGAAGAAAUUGUGAAGCAGUAUAGAGGAUCCCUUCAGGGGUGGAAUAGCUAGGGCUAGGCCUGAACACGGUCCUCUUGCACAAGAAGCUGUGUUGGAGAAGUCAAGUUGCUGUAGUUUCUUUUUAAUUAGGGGUAGGGCCACCGGGCUGAUACACUCUAAGUUAAGAACAGUUUUACAAUUCAAAUUGAGAAGAGAGCGGAAUUUGAGGUUAAUUGUAGUUUUCCAAGGGGAAUUAUGAAUAUCUCUUAGGAUCAGAUUGGAAAAGCCACCUCUAAUUCGAGCAUCCGAUGCUAAUAGGUGGAGGGUGUAGGAAAUGGCUCGGCUCCAUGCUCGUCUAGCAAUUGAAGGCUGGGCGAACUCGAGUCGUAGGGCUGCACCUGAGACACAUCUCGGGACGCCGGAAAGAGAUCUCAGAAACAUAUGAAGUGGACGAUCCAGGUUACCUGAUAUUGCUGUAGUCCAUACUUCACAUCCAUAUAAUAAUUUAGGGACGACUUUGGCAUUAAAUAUUUGAAUUGCUGCUGGAAGGUGUUUGCCGCCCUUCUGGUGGUAAAAUCGGACAAUGGCGUUAGAGGUCGUGGUUGCAGCGAGAAAGGCAGAUUGUAGAUGGGUGGUCCAGGAGAGAUUAUAGGUGAAUAUUAAUCCUAAAUAUUUAAAGGCUUUUACCUUUUCUAAGUAGCCACCUGUGAUCUUAAGCGGCUCCAACUUGAGUUUGCGGGAGCGAGUGAAGUGGAGGACUUUCGAUUUUUAUAAUUAAUAUUAAGAGCUUCCGCCUUACAAUAGGCGAUAAAUGCAUUAACUGCAUUUGCUAGAUCCGCAGCUGUUCUGGAUAAGAUGACGGCAUCAUCAGCAUAGAAAAGGGAAGCAACGGGGUGGCCUGCUAAGUGAGGAGGAUACUUAGAUGCUAGCUUCAAAGUGGAAAUUGCAUCAUGAAGAUAGAGAUUAAACAGUAAAGGGGCCAAGAGGCAACCUUGUCGGACGCCCUUGGCCGUUGGAAAUGGAGUAGUGGGGAGCCGUUUGGACUAGUUCGGACGCGAGCUGUGGUGUUUGAAUAAAGGGAGAUAAUUAGGGAGAGAAGGUGCGGAUCAAUUCCCAGAUGGGCAAGUUUGGACCAUAAUCUCUGCCUAGGAAUGGAAUCAAAGGCGGCCUCCAGGUCCAUGAAAGCGGCAAAUAGGUGGCCUUGCCUUGGAGCAGUGUAUUUACUGGCAAGGUGAAAGAGAGUUAGACAAUGGUCCAUGGUUGACGCUGACUUUCGGAAACCAAUCUGUUCUAGCGGUAGAAUGUUCCUCUCCUGGACCCAUGAGAGAAGUUCCUCCAGUAAAACAGCGGCAAAUAUUUUCCCGGGAUGGAUAAUAAGCUGAUGGGGCGAUAGUUCCUAGGGAUGUUUGGCUGGCCGCCUUUGAAGAUCGGAACUAUUAUAGCUUCUCUCCAGGAGUCGGGGAUGUCUAGGGCGGAGGAGAUAGCGGUGAAUACAGGAGUCAGGUGUUCGCUCCACCAAAGAGGAUCAGUCAGGAAAAGGUCCAACGGGACCAUGUCUGGGCCAGGGGCCUUAUUCCUUUGCAUUGACAUUAUGAUGUUGAAAAUGCGAGUUGAAGUAAAGUUUAUUGAAGAAGUGGGACUAAGAGAGCAGGAACUGAGGUCCAAUGGGGAUUGAAGGAGAUCUGUAAGAUGGUUUGGAGAAGCGAAACUAGUUGAAUAAUAAGCAAUCCAUUCAUCCGCGGAAAUCUGGGUAGCUGGAUUGAAUGGUGCCGAAGGUCUAACUAGGCGCCAGAAGGAGCGGGAGUCAUGCCUCUCUACAGCCGAACGAAGAGUGGACCAAGCCUCAAAGAUGUACUGCUGUUUCUUGCAAUGAAUCAUGUUUCUAUAUGUCCUUUUAAUAUCUAUGAGCUUUGCACGGGUUUGGGGGUCGUUGGAAGAUUUGAUGAUUCUGACCAUUUUCCUAAUUCGCCUUCUUAGGGCUUUACAUUCCUUGUCAAACCAGGGCGAUUCAGAGAAGAGGCGUUGGUAAGUAGGCGAGGUGGUGGUUAUGUAAGUUGUUGAGAAAGCAUCAAGUAAUUUCCGGUAUUGGUCAGCGGGCAGGAUUGGAUCAGAGGGAACUGCAGACAUAUCAAAUGAUUUUUGUAUGUCCAGGGCAAGAGAGGAGCUGAGGCUUGUCCAUUUCUUUGUUUUGUAUACAGGGUGGCUUUGUACCAUGGUUCUAUAGUUUGAGGAGACUGGGAGUGGCUCUAUUAGGUUUAACAUUAGAGUCAAUGGAAGGUGGUCACCACCAAAAUAUUCAGCCACUUCCAUUUUUGUAGAAAUUGAGAAUAGCUCCGGCGUCAAUAAAAUGUAGUCGACAACACUGGUUCCCCGGGAAGUGAUGCACGUUAAUUGCUGCGAGGACAAGGGAGUAAUGUUACCAUUUGCGAUGCAGAGAUCGUUUUCCAUGGCCAGUUGGGCCAUCAGCCUCCCGACGCAUUUGUUAUAGGAUCAAGAGAGCAUCUGUUUCCCCAGGGGGGCUGCAGGGGAUUGUCCAGGAGUACUGCGGGAGAUAUUAUAUCAUCGUCGUUGGGACCUAUUCUUGCAUUAAAGUCGCCUAAGAGGAUUUGAGGGGUCCUGGGUUAGUUGUUUGGAGAUCAUGGAGCCAAGACGAAAGUUCAGACCACCUUUCAUUGCGGUCGAAAUCAUUAAUUGCUGGGGGCAGAUAUACUGUAGUUAUCAACCAUGGGCUUUUGGUCUUUGGGAGAUGAAUCUUUAUGGUGAGAAAGUAAGGGGAAGAUUUAAUUUCCUCGCAAAUAGUGAGGGUAAGCUGGUUGAAAUAAGACAGGCGAGGCCAACUUGGGGGCGACCCCUGUUGGUUAGUUUACGAGCACAGGAGCUAAAGGAGCAAUAAUUUGGGAGAACAAUACUUUGUUGGGACCAGGUCUCUUGGAGGCAUACAAUGUCGAAUGAAGAUGAAGAAGAGUCUGAUAGAUUUGUGUGUGGCAUUAAUUGGGAUUUUAAAAAUUGCUCUAUUCCAAAGCCUGAGGUGUGAUUUGAAACAAGAUUAAAAUAUUGUAAACCUACAUACAUCUGCAGCUGAAAUCUUAACACCCCCUCCAAAAAGAGCCAGUUGAAAAGCUAGUUUUAUAGUCUCUAUAAAAUAAUUUCUAUGAUAUGGGUGAUUAUUUGAUUUUGUUUUAAAUCCUUUUUUAGCUGUAUCUUGCAUGGUACAAUAAAUGUGGAUUUGGAGGGCAUUUUCUGCUUUUGUCUCCUCAGUGGUUCCCAUUUUGCAUAUUGAGAUUGGGAGAGAACUGAUAUCCGAAAACAUUUUAUCAUUUUCAUCUCGAAAUGGUAAUGUGUCAAAUGUGUCAGUAAACAAGUCUUCUCUUUUUUUAUUAAAAAAAAAAUAGCAACAUGGCGCCAGUGGCAGGCAAAGCUUCAUUGCCUUUCUACUGCCUCAGGCCAAGUAGCAUUGCAAAUUAUGUUUGGCGGUUCAGUAAACCAGUCCAAUUGAAGUUUGUAUGAAACUGUAGGUAGAGACGUUUUUUAUUAAUAUAUUUUAUUAGGUUUUUAAAAAUUUGUUUUUUACAAAAUAACAAAAGCCAGCAAGGGAGAAAAACAUGAGUUGGGAGGAUGGUGUCUAGAUCAAUAGCAAAAUAUCCAUGAAUGGGUGCCUGUCCAUAACCAUGUGGGUAAGGGUGUAAAAGUAAUAAGUUCAGUUUAUAUGUUGAAUGCUGUAAGGCAAAGUGGCUAACCUGGGGCAUUCACAUUUUAUUGGACCAUAAUUCCAAUCAUCCCUGACUACUGGCUACAGUUUUUAAGCAUAAGAAACAGAUUGUUCCAUUAACAUAAUGAUAACAGUUGCACAAGUAAUCAUGGGUUGUGAAUUACCAGUGGCAACAACAAUGGAUCUCAUAAGCCUUGACUGAGCAGCCAAUGCACACUCACCACCACAUGGGUAGUGCCCACAAAAUGGUUACAUGAAGCAUAUAAUUGCUGUUAUUUCAUGCAGUUGUGUCAACCACAAUGAUGGCAUCUGCCUCUUGGUGUCAUCUGUGGUGAGCCCUACCACUUCCGAGCCUGCCUUUCUUGACAUCCCUAGCAAGCUAUCUAGACUCAGUCUGUGGUUUGAUUGACUAUAGUCCUAGGUCUACUAGGAAGAUAAUGUCUUUUGGGAUGUUCACACCCUCAUGGGUUGUUGAGCUUCUAUCUGCUGUGUAUUUUGGAAAGUGGUUUGUCUGUCCAUCUGUCCUCUAUAGGUUUGACUAUCUCUUGAGAUAUCAUUGUCAGACUUAGUAGAAUAGUUCCCAAGGUGCGGGCAGUGGUCUUUGUUGCCAUUUGGAUGCCGGGCAGCAUUUUGAAUCAUUAUGUGAGUCUGCAACCACACUUUGGCAUGGCUGUUCCCAUUUUCUGGGCUAGGUUCAGCUGCCUCUUGUGAGAUACUGUUGCCAAACUUGGCACAAAAUUUCCUGAAGUAAAGAUGGGGGUCUUAUCUGCCAUUUGGGCACUAAGCACCACUUUGAAUCAAGAUGAGAGAACAAAACAUUGCUUUGACGUGACUUCACCCGAUUUUUGGCAUGAUGAGUCCAAACUCACAAAUUACACUAUCCAUUUAAAAAUCACAAUCUUUUUGGUUUUCAAAAAGCACGACAUAUAAGCAGCCAAUGCCACCUUAUUAUUAUUUUAUUAUAAAACUUAUCUGGCUUUUACAUCACGUGUUUAGAACAUAUGUAGGCGCCAUUAGGUCACCAGUGUCCAUGCCUCCUUUUGAUUUAUUAUAAUAAAGAGAUAUCUCAAGCUCGAAAUUCUGUUUAUGUGUUGGAGAAUGGUGACUCACUGUCCUUCAUUUGUUUAGUACAUAUCUUAGCAAUGUCAAAUAGCCUUGAAAACAAAACAAAAAAUGCUACUUCUAUAUUUUUAGGCAAGGAUUUUUUCUUUCUGCAGUGUAAAGCAGAAAUGUUCCCCACCACCACCUUCACAAUUUGCAGGGGGGAGGUUUGGAAAAAUAAUGUUAUUCUAAUGUGACAGGAAAAAGCUGUAGUUACUUGUUCUCAUUUGCAGUGAUAUUCAACCUCAGAAACUUGAAUUCAAGGUUUUGCUUUCCUCUGUUUGCCAAUUUAAAUGUUUUUAGAAAAUGAGAAAUUUACUUGUUGUGAAAGAAAGAGAAGCUAAGCUUGGAUUUCACAACUAGCCAGUCACCUAAUGGAUUUUUAUUUCAUUUCUCCUACCCUCUAAAAAUAGAACUCACUUUUCUGUUCACUACUGUCGGUGUUGGAGAGGGGCGCGGGUGGCGCUGUGGUCUAAACCACUGAGCCUAGGGCUUGCCAAUCAGAAGGUUGGCCGUUUGAAUCCCCGCGACAGGGUGAGCUCCCGUUGCUCGGUCCCAGCUCCUGCCAACCUAGCAGUUCGAAAGGACGUCAAAGUGCAAGUAGAAUCAUAAAUAGAAAUGAUUCAAAAUAUUUUGCUAGAAUAUCAAUAAACCAUGGGGGCUGUGAACACAUGUAGAUUGGUGGCACAGUCCUAUCCAAUUAUACUUGUAAAUAAGCCCAUCUCUGUUAGAUGAAUGUGCAUAGAAUUGCAGCCAUAAUCUUAUACUUCGUCUUUUUGCUGGCCUGGGGUCGCUGCACAUUUUGCAACAACCCCAGUGUCGCCCCACUCUUGUGCUUGCUGCUGUUGUUGAAUAGCGAAUUACUAAUUGCCCUGUUUCUUUUUAUAUAUCUUUUGUUGAAUUUCCUGCUCUGAGAAAAUGUGUGAUAACUGUUAAGUAUUGCUAAGUGAGACCAAGUGUUUAGGUGUUCUACUGGAUUACUAAAGGUUUUUGUCUUGUCUUAUUUGCAGUAGCAUUCACAUUACAUUUUGAACUUCAGUAUUUUUUCUCUCUCCAGAUACCUUUGUGCAGUGUUGUGUCAGUUUCUCAGAUAGGGAACCGGUAUGAAUCAGAUGGUGAAUCUUCCCCAAGAGCACACAUAAAUCCUGCAGUAGACUGGAAGCACAAAUGAAAGCUGAAGUCUCUAGAGGCCCAAUCCAGUUCUGUAAACACAAAGCAAACCUUCCCCUUGCUCUUUCUGAGCUCUUUGAAUCCUAAUGCAAGUGUUACUGCUUCGGGCUGUGAAAAUUUGCAAUUGUGUUUAAAACAUGCACACUGGGGCCUUUAUUUCUAAUGUAAUUUCUGAAAUUUCAUUAUGUACUGUAGAAGUUGACUAUACAUAGAAAACAGGUAUUCCUAUUAAUAUGUUUCACUUGUUGUUUCUCCUUGCUUUUUUUGAGCCAGCUGCUGAUAAAUGUGGACCAAAGAAUUGAUGUUUUAAAAUCUUGGCACCUGUAUUGUGUGUGGUGUGUGUCCUGUAUAAAGGUGAUGAAGGAUCUCUGACUCCUCAAGUAGUCAAGAAACCCACUGUCACUUCAUCACAUCCCCCAGUCCUUUUAUAUACAUGGCUUUAUUGUCUAUUAAAAUCACCUUUAGUCUCCUAAGGGCUUGCAUUUUGUGAUGGCUAAAAAUAUUCGCACUCUGGUUUGGUCAUUGCACAGCAUUGGCUAAAACUUGUGCGUACAGAUCUGCUUUGCUUUUUAUAGGAAAGCCCACUGUCUAUUUGGGAACUUAAGAAAACAAACAAAGCUGACCACACCCAGGAAUCUAUUAAAUGUACGCAUAACUCGCUUGGGUUAGUUUAUAUAGCCCAAUCACCAUCAGUCCACACAGAGCUAGGCACUGUUUGUCCAUUGGUGCAGCAAUGUGUGCAUUACUUCUUGCUGUUCUGUGGCUCUCUGGAUAAGCACUUGGGUAAUGUGGGUUUUAUGGGUAGCGCUGCUGUUUCGCAUCUCUUUGAAUCUGAUGAAAGUGGGGGCAGAGCAACUGCAUUUUUCUCUUGGUGCCAGUGCCUUUCUAGGCUAAGUGGCAAAAGGAAGGACUGAGCAGAGAAACAUUUAGGGUACAAUCCAGUUCAUUGCUGGUGCCUGGAUCAUUUCAUCUUGUGGUUUCUGGUUUUAUUUUUAUUUUUUAAAAACAGCAGACAUGUUUCUCUUACAGCAAGCAAGGGCAGAGCAAGAAGAGGAAUUUAUCAGUAAUACUCUGUUUAAGAAGAUUCAAGCUUUGCAGAAGGAGAAGGAGACACUUGCAGUGAACUAUGAAAAAGAGGAAGAAUUUCUCACUAAUGAGCUUUCAAGGAAGCUGAUGCAGGUAUGUAAUGUUUCAGCCUAACUUUUCAGACCCAAAAAACCCACCAGAUGAUUCAGCUGAGGCACUAUUACGAAAGUCAUAGCUUCAGAAAUUGUGGGUGGUAUUCAACUAAAUAAUUGCACUUGUGCAAGACUGACAUUGGCACAACAGGACAUCUCCCCCUCCCUCUGUGUAUGUCCUGAACCAUCGCCAGAUCUGCUCCUGAGAGUUGAAGGAACAUCCAGAACAUAUUUAGGGGGCAUGUGGGGGGAGAAAGGUGCAGACUGUUCCAUUGCACAAGGAGAAAUCCUUGUAAAGAUGGAAAUGGAGGACAUUGAAUAAAACCCUGUAGUUUGAAAUCUUUAAAACCCAGUACUGUAGUUUGAAAUCUUUAAAACCCAGUACUGUCGUUUGAAAUCUUUAAAUGGGAAAUGAUAUGUAACUGAGAAAGACCUCUUAGGUAAGUAAGCAUGGGAUUGGGCUAUAAACUAAUAAAUGAGCUUAGUUGUGCAUGUUUAGCCAGAAGUAAGUCUCACCAAGUUCAGUAGUGCUUACUAGAGAAUAAAUGUGCAUAGGAUAGCAACUUAAGUUUGGAACUUGAGGAGGGUAUGGAAUAAUAGGGUCAGUGAGGGAUAUGGCCUGGGUAGGGACAUGGCUUAGGGGGUGACAAGGACUACAUAGAGGCACAAAAACCACAUACACCAACCCCACAAGCCUGAAGUUCUCCAGCCCUGGCUUAAAAUCACCAUAAACCAGUCUCUAAAGCCAGCAUGUGACGGCAAAGAUGAAAUGAACACGUGGGCACAAUCUUGUUCUCAGCUAAAUCAACCAUGGUUUAAGCUGGAAUUGUUAUAUCUGAACUGACCCACAUGUUCCAUCUUUGACUCUAUCAUGAAAGAGAAUACAUGUGAGCUAGGGAUGUUGCAUGUUCUGAACGUUGUGUUCUUGUACCAUUUCCUUCGGUGUUUUUGCUUUAAAGCAUUAAAGAUUAAACUCCUUUCCUCCCAGGCAUAAGAACAGCCCCAAAGCAUUUUGUUCUCAAGAUGGCAAAUCAGUUGCCUGGGGACAUGAGACCGAUAGCCUCCUCCCUUUUGCCACUAUGAAAAUUGCUGUGAGGAAUUCUGGAAUUCUAAGCUACAGGAUUCCUGAACCUGUAAACACAGAACCCUCAUUUUGAAGUGCUGCAAAUUGUGCCGUUUUCACAUUAACUUGCUUAAUUUACAGCAUCUCAGAAGAUUUUUGAAAUCUUUCUCAAGGUGGUGGUCUCUUUGUGUCCUACUCUUCAUGGCAUGAUCACUCAAGCAGAUUUCCAAUGUCCCUGAUUGCUACUACAGUGGUACCUCGGGUUAAGUACUUAAUUCGUUCCGGAGGUCUGUACUUAACCUGAAACUGUUCUUAACCUGAAGCACCACUUUAGCUAAUGGGGCCGCCUGCUGCUGCCGCGCCGCCGGAGCACGAUUUCUGUUCUCAUCCUGAAGCAAAGUUCUUAACCUGAAGCACUAUUUCUGGGUUAGCGGAGUCUGUAACCUGAAGCGUAUGUAACCCGAGGUACCACGGUACAUCAUUCCAUUGCAAAAACAGUUAACAAAGCAGCUAUCUCAUAACGCCUGCACACAUGCAUUGUUAAACUUUUGCCUUUCACUGUGUAGGGACUUAGACUUGUGUAUUCAAAGAGGCAUCUGGAAAAAGCUUCCAGAAGGAUUUUUUCAGCACACUGUAAAUACAAAAGCUAACAGCCAGUGUGAGAGCUAUAGAUCUCCUGUUAGCAGCUUGGCAAGAAUUCCCCACAUCAGCAUGAUUUGCUUUGUUGUAAGAAACACACUGAUGUAUCAGCUUUUCAGUUUUAGUGUAGGAAGGUAUUGAUUUUAAAUACUCUUCAAACCUGACAGCUUAAUUUAAAAGUAAAGUAUGCUUUCACAUGCAAGAGGAACAUUUACUUAGACCCACCUCCAGUGAGAACAUAUUUUUUACAGUAGCAUGUCAUGACACACUAUGCUAGCCUGGGCUGUAAAAUGCCUGGAUGUUGCUUUUAGUAAUACUGUGUACUUAUUUAUUGGCCGUGUAAAGGCACUUUGUUCAAUUAGGUUUAUGUAGCACAGUAAUUGGUUCCAUAGAUAAUGCGCUACAGAAGCACAGUGAGGGGGAAAUACCCUAUUAGCAGACAUCUUGGAAUAGACUGUACUUGUCAGAAGCAAAGCUUUUAGAGAGAGACUGAUGAUGUAGAGCAAAACUUUAAUAGACCCCUGCCUGUUUGGUUAGGUAUUCACUGGGUCAGAGUGGAUUGGUUAGGUGUUUCUCUGUGCUCUUAAAAGUCGUUGGGUUACAAGAGAGCUGAAGUCUGUUCCAUUCUUCCCAGACUGCAAAAAGUUAACUAGCUCUUUUGUGUCCUUAACAUUAUGUAGAAGCUGUUCCAGUUCAGCUGAUCAUUUGAGGCUUCAUAAACUAUUGAGUGCUGGGGAAUAGAUUCUGGUGCUGAGCGCACUUCCAUUACCCUUGCCUUCCUCCUGUCGCACACCAGUUUUAGUUGUUGCUUUCCUAACAUUAUGCUAUCCCUUCAACAAAUACAUUGCUAUAUUUAGUGCCUUGUCACUUACCCCAAUUCUUAGGAGCCCCAACAGAAAUUUCCUAUUAAUUACAAUGAUGAAGCUAUCCUUUCAAAAUGCAAUGCAAUGUUAUUUGCUUUUAUUUCUUAACCAUAAUUUACAGAUCCUUAAUGUUUCACAUUUUAGGAACAGUCUCUUAUUGAAUUUCAGAGUCUUCUUGUUUUUAAGCCGUAUAAAUUAAAUGAUGCUCAUAAGUGCUUUGUAGCUCUUCAAAUGCUUAUGUCUUGGGUUUCAAUAUCUCUUCCAAUCACAGCUACAGCAUGAAAAGGCUGAACUCGAGCAGCAUUUAGAACAGGAACAGGAAUUCCAAGUGAACAAAUUGAUGAAGAAAAUUAAAAAACUGGAAAAUGAUACCAUUUCAAAGCAGCUAACUCUGGAGCAGGUAAACGCUAUAUUACCUAUAUUUAGGUUUGUCAUAUGUCAGGAAAUUUCCUGAGAUGUCCUGGUUUUCGGGUGUAAAAACGACGUCGGGGGGGGUGUCGAAUCAGCAAAAUGUCAGAGAAAACCCAGAUGUAUGGCAACAUGAUGGAAAAAGCAGCAGAAACAGCUCCAAAAGCUUAAAAUCACUAUUUUGGGAGGAGCUCAACAAUAUGGGUUUGUUCCCCCAAAAAGCUCAGUAACUUUGUGGGUGUCAGGAAUUUUACUUUUUGAAAUAUAGCAACCCUACCCAUAUUGUAUUGCACUUGUGCCAGUGAAUUCUUUGAGGCUGACUGAGCUCUGGUAAAAAUGUUGGGCAUUAAAUACUUUUGUGUUGCGUCCCAUCAAAUAGUAAUAAACAGGGACAAUAAGAAGAAUCUCUCAUACAUCUUAUUGCAUCAAGGUUAAUAGAAGUAAAAGAAAUGGCCUCUAGGUGGCAGUUGUUGCCUAAUUCAAGUGCAAUUGUUUAUCUUCCAAUGAUUUGCUGGUUUACUGCAGGUUUUUAGGAUGAGUUAAGAUCUUCCUGUCUACCCUGCCUUUUAUUGUCUUCAAUAUCCAUUACAGAUAUAGUGUUACUGGAGUUGGUCAUGUGUGAUGGUCUUUGUGUUUUUUUCCCUUAUUUUAAUUGCAAUUUAAAUUGGGAAGGAGACGUUAACACAAGUGUGUGGUUGUUUGUUUGCGUUGUAAGCCAGUUUGUAUCCAUUUCACCCAAAAAACAGGUUAAAAUGUAGCAAAAACAAACACUAUUGCAAAGGAUUUCUGUAGAAUAAUAGCAAUACACACAGACCUCUGUAUAAGAAAUCAUACCGAGAGUCUAAAACUUGUUUAUGUGAUGACAACCACAUUCUGUUUUAAAUUUAAAAUGGUUCUGUCAUUUAACCUUAAAGUAAGGUCACUGUGUGUGGUGCAUUUAGCAUAUUUUUUGCUGACUUGUUUUAGGUUGUGUUCUGUUUUUAAACCAAAAGCAACUCUCCACUGAGAACUAAUUUUAUGUGAACUUUAGUAGCUGGGAGUUGUAACAAAGAGAGGUUUGUUCCAAUGGUUCACAUUCUAGAAUGAUUCCUGGUAAAUGAUACAUAUUGGCCCAGUUAGCAUGCAGUGCUAAACCAUGGUUAUCCUUAUAUGCAAGAGCUGGAACAAACCCCCCACACAACUCAGACUCAUUCACUUCACUCCCUUUCAUCUCCUCUUCCCAUGCUGACUUAAGAGGAGGACUGUGACAUUCUUUACUCUCACUUUCACAGAAUCCUGACUUACUGUUGCACAAGAACCAGAGACCGUGACUUAUAACAACUUUUGUUUUGUUUCAAAGCAAAGCAAAUUCAAACCAGAGGUUAGGAAGUGGAUUUGUCAAGAGUUAUAAACCACAAUCUCUGGUUCAUAUGCAACAAGUCGGAUUCAGUGAAAGUGAACAUCAUGUGACUUGCAGUUCCACACUCUGUAAGUUCAUCUUCAAAUAACUUUGAGGUGCUGAACAGCUUCCAUUGAUCUAGAAAACAGCAACACACAAGCUGCUUAUGUGGAAAUUGUAAAUGCAUUGCCUUCCCAUUUUUUCCAGCAUGGCAUGCUGAAGUAGCAAUUCUGUGCACAAAGGGAGUAUGCAGGUAUAUUUUGUUUUUAUUGACUAGUCUGCUGCUGCAGUUUGACUGGUCCCCUGUGGUGUAGGAAAUGAACAACAACCGGAUUAGCAGGCAUGGAAAUAGAAACCUUUGAUAGAAGUGAGAACCAUGAUCAUUCCAAAAAUAUUCUCUACAGAUUUAUAACGCUGACAGCCAUAGUUGAACAAAUGUCAGGUAUGUUAGUAUUUGUCUUUAGAUGUGGAAAAAAUUGAUUAAGCCUAUUAGACACAUACUGCAGGUUUUAACAUUGCCAUUUAAUUUCUGGGAUUAAUCCAAAGGCUUUAUAAGAGUGUUCUGUGGCAUGCUCCCUAAUGGAAUCUGCAUCCCUUUGCAGUAGCACAAGGGAACAAUGUGUGCUAUGCAUUUACAUUCCUACCAUUCAGCCUGGCUGUAGAGCAAUCAGUGUGCGUGAUAUGCCCAAUGGAUGUGCAGAACUCGAGCCAGGUAUCUAAAAUAGCUCCUCUCUGUGGACAAUAACCUGUGGUCCUUCUCCAAGCCCGCAACCUUAGUUCCCCCAGCUUCUAAACCAAGCUGUGCAAUUCAUUAAAGCACGUAGCUUGCACUUGCGGCUUCCAAAAGUGUAGUUGUGAAGGGCUGUCUGGAUCAGAAUUAUGGAAGAGGACUGCUGCAGUCUCCGUACCGCCUGCCCAGUUGUAGAUUAUGUAGAUCACAGUGUAGGGGGGAAAGGUGAACACCACUUGUCAUGAUACCAAUACUGAUCCAUCCCCACAUGCAAGUGUCCAGCCAAGGUUUCUGCUGUUAGUGUGGAUGGAGCAGGAAGGGGUCAGAGGUUGACCCAGCAUCUGCACCUUGGCAGCACUGUGACCCAAGAAGCUGAAGCACCCUGCUUUUGGGGUGUUUCCUUUUCCCAGGAAUCACCUGGCAAGGAGAGCUGGGAGCACCUAUAUACUGUUGCAGAAAAGAAGGGUCUUCCUUGAUGCGUCUUCAUAGUUCACUGGCAAUCACUACAGUCCCUUCCUUCCCUCCAUCUGUGUGCCAUCAGUUUCACGACCACGUUUUUGUUUCCCUCAGCACAGUUGCAAAUCUUUAGACAUCUACUUGACAAGCAGAUGCAGGCUUUUCAGCAGUCACUUUGAGUGAAAAACUGGUUCUUAUUUGAGGUGUCUGGCAACGCUCGUAACAUCUAGCAGAGGUUUGAGCCCUACCUGCCAGUGAUAUUCAAGAGGCUGUUGAGCUAGUGGGCUUUGGAGUAAAUUCUUUUCACACUAGAGGAAGAUUUGUGCUUGGUAGUAAAAAUAUGGAGCUGGUUUAUGUUCUGGUUCUAUCAUGAACAUUCAGUGUAGCUGAGAUACAAGUUUCCAUAUAUGUUUUUUAAAAAAUGCCAGUAAUUUGUGAAAGCUACAGUCCCAUGAUGUGAUUGGAAGUCAUGUGAUACAGCAUUGGUCUUCAACUGGUGUGUUGGAACGCACUACUGGCUUGAUCUAUGAUGGAUCACCAUACUAUAUAUGGUAAAAAAUUAAGAAAUUGUCCCCAAGUUCAAAUUUGGGUUACAUGUAGGUCCUCGAUCUGAAAACAUUGAAUACUACUGGGAUACAGCAACCUUGCUAAAACUAAGCCUGUCUAGAUCUGGUUAGUUGAAUGGGGAUUUCCUGGGAUCCCAGUGUACAAAGCCUUGAUGGAAUCUAAAUGAAAUAGAUAAAAUAGAGCAAGACUACUAUUUGUUUUUGUUUCAUUUUAGGAGUAAGAUUCAGUAAGUAUUUGGCAUUAUAGUCUCAAGCCCAAUGGACUAUAUCUCUCAGUUUGUAUGGGACCAUUCAGCCUUGCAAAGGGAGGGGAGAGUGUUUGCGGCUUUCAAGGGUGGGUGAAAUCAGAUGUUGUGGGCUUACUUUUAAAGUUGUGGAGACAUGGGGCUGCUUUUUCCUAUUUUUUAACAUAAAGGAAAAGCUUUGUCACCACUUCAGAUGGCAGCUUGCUGCCCUCAGCAGCCCUGUAGAAUCCCUUUGAAAUUUGUGACAGACUGACCACUGGGAACAAAGGUACAUCAUGGUCAAUGGCGACACGCUUUUCCCACCAAGAAUGCUCCUUGGAAAUGAUGCUAUUUUAUGAUGGAAUAUUCUUCCUCAGAUUUCUGUAAUUUCAUUUUCUGCAGUGAAUGGUACCAGAGCAGUUAAUCAUUAGGGAAUCAGAAUACAAAAUCAUUCAGAUGGUAGUUUUAAUGGAAUUACAUUCACAUUUAGGCUGUUACUCUUCUAUCGUGUAGGACUGCUUCCUUUUUAAGGUGGGUAGGUUAUUAUUUUUUAAUAGACGUGGUUUAUGACAAGGGUAAGUAAAGGCCAUCUAAAUAUGUUUUCUUUAUCAUCCAUUACUUUGAUUACAAUUAUUUAGUCGUUGAUGAUUGAAAUUAUCCCCCCCCCCCAUUAUGCUUCUGCAGUGAAUUGCUCAUCUGAAACAGCAGUUUCAAGCUCUCUCUUUUUAUCCACAAUUUCUUUUUCCUAGCUAAGACGUGAGAAGAUAGAUCUUGAAAACACCCUAGAACAAGAACAAGAAGCACUAGUGAAUCGUCUCUGGAAGAGAAUGGAUAAACUUGAGGCAGAAAAACGGUCUGUCAUGGCUUUCUUUCUGCAGCUUCCCCCUCCCCCAAUUGUGUGAUAAAACUUGAAUAUCUCACAAUACCUUUUAGAGAAAAGAAAGCUAUUUAAGUAGCAAUAUAGUAAUUAAAAUAGGAAAGCUACAUUUUUUGCAUGCAUUGAUGCAAAUAGUGUUUUAUUGAAGAUUAAAAUUACGUAAGGGGUAGAACUAUGCACACAAGCCUGCUCCCAAUGAUGUCUGGCCUCCUCUCUGCCCUUAGCGCUAAGUGUGUUUGAACUAAGUGCUCUUUGAAGCCUCUGCAGCCCCCAUACUUGCGGACCUUGGGAGUGAGGCUUGCUUGCGCAGUCUGCCCCUCAACAAACUUUUAAUGUUCACAUGUUCAGGCAAAUGCUUGAGAAGGACUAUAGAGAAGGUUGCUGAGUCAUGCAGUAAGGAGCAGAGCGGGAUGCUUGUUGGUGCUUAUUCACCGGUAGUCAUCCUCUGUGUCCUGUGACGAGCUUCGGCUUAAUGUUACGAAACUCACUUGAAAACAAAAACAUUAAUAUUCAUGUAACAAUCCUGACUAGUCUGGAUCUUCAUAGGAACUGACAUUUUACAGCAUUUGGUAGAUUUCACAGAACUAGUCAAGUCUUUGAGGCGAUGAAUAUUUGUGAUGGUGCUGUUGUUAAUCUAGUUAAUGAAGAGGUUAGAGUGUGAUCUCUCUUGGCCUUGUGACAGUUUAUUUGAUCUUUCAGAUCACAUUGGGCUGAAAAUGCUUUUUUAUGGCUUGGCUAUGUGAUGUAGCAUGUCAUGUGUUCUUUUGCUCCAGUUUGCUUCAAAUGUUGUUGUUUUUUAAGCAUGGAGUUCUCAGUGCUAGCUGUGUAGUCAAAUUGUGGCCAUCUGAUUUAUUGGAUGGAUUUUUUCUUAAAAUACAAAAUGAGCAAGAAAUUCCUUUUUAUAUGAGUGAUAUGUAAAAGGGACUUUAAAACAACAUUUUGAAUACAUUAAUGUUGACUUGUCCAUUAAGAGCGCGUGAAGACACUAGGUGAAUGAAAACAAUAGUUUUCAAAGUGGUAACUUAAAUAAAGUAUUCAUCUAGCCAUGUUGUAAUCUGAUUAUUUGAAUUACCGUCACAUGUAUUGGGGAAAAUUCAACUAAUCCCCUAAAUCCUACCACAGAUUUCUGAUCAGGUAUGAAAGCGUUUUUUAAAAAUAAAAUAAAUAAAACAAAGCUUAUAACUUGGCAUAAGAUACCACCUCAGCAAGUAUUGACUACAAGACUGAAGGUAUGGCUGGUAAUUGCAAUAUAUUUACCAUCCAUCAUGUAUCAGGAAAUACGUUAUUCAGAUUUAGUGUCUGCCGUGUACUAACUAGGUGGCCUUGGGCAUUUGCCGUCCUUGUCUUUCAGCUACAGACCUCCAUUCUGCAAUAUGAUGGUGAUAACAAUAAUUAGAUUAAGUAUCAGAAGCACCUUGAACAUUCUGAAACACUAGAAAAAAAAUUGGUAGUGAUGACUACUACAUCAGUUGUAGCAGCGAUGUGGACCCUGACAUCUUAAAUAUAUCAUUAAAACUUCACUCUUCUCCCACCAGCUUUGUUGCAUUUAUAGGAUCAAUGCUGAGUAGUAUUUUUACUUUUUGCACAGAGCCAGAAAGAGGGGAAUAAAAGUUCAGUCAGGUUUUUAAACCAUUGUUAAAAGUAACCUAUACUGAAAUCUUUAAACCUAUUAGAGAUUCUGUAGAAUUUGUCUGUGGCAUUCUCUAUUGUCUGUUAAUGGAAGAAAACUAAAAUGUGAUGGCUCGUUUCCUUACAUUUCUGUAAGGAAGUGUUAAUACUGUAUUUGCAGUUUGUUGAAUUGGCAAAGCAAAGACUCCACAUUAGGUAAAAGUAUGGGCUGGCAAACCAUGGUUUGUCAUUAAUUCCCCAUUCCCUCAAUGCUUUAGACAACUCCCAUGAUCCCUGGUUGAAGCUGAAUGGUUCACGGUGGCCCAUGCAGUGAACAACACACCAUGUUAAUUUUCCAGGAAAUGAGUUUACCAGAAAGAAUGCUGAUAAUUUCAAACCACCUUGCUGUUUAUCUGUUGGUGUAAUAUUACAAAGAAUUGAAGCAGAAUGUACCAGUUGGCAUGUUUGAUGUCAGAAGAUAAAAUCUCAUUUAUCUUGAUUUCAGAAUUCUGCAGGAGAAAUUAGACCAGCCUGUUUCUGCUCCUCCAUCUCCAAGGGACAUAUCAAUGGAGAUAGACUCUCCAGAGAAUAUGAUGCGGCAUAUCAGGUUUCUAAAGAAUGAAGUAGAGAGGUUAAAGAAACAACUCAGAGCUGCACAGUUACAGCGUAAGUCCUGUUUGCCUUGGCUGUGUGGUCUUACUCAUAAUGCUGAGGUGUGCUUUUCAUGAACUGUCUCCUUUUCAAGUUGAAAUUAAUAACUCAAGGACCAAGUCAAAAAUACAGUAAUUCGUUUGUAGUAUGCCAAACCAUUUCCUUUUGUUCCACUUGGGUAGCUGAACAAAUUUUAGUUGGACAGAUCCUUUGGGCAGAACUGAAACAAUUUUGUUACAAAGUUACAUGUGAUCUUAUACAUUUGAAUAUCUUUGCUAAAAUGCAAUCAUACUGCUUUACUUUGCCUUCAGUAAAUAUACAGUAGACCGCUAGUUUGAUUGUUAUGCUAUAGUGAAAACAUAUUGGACAGUAUCCAGUGAAAUAUACACCCCAUUUGCACCCUAAAUCUGUUCUGGGGGUUCCCCAACCCUCUGGUGACAAGGAGAAAUUCCAUUGUUCAAGCAGAAAUUCUUGUGCUGGCAGAAGCACUUUAGUUGAACACCACCCUUAGGUUCUUCCAGAAUCGGCCCUACCAUUUUGCAGGGUGAGGCACCCUCAGUGCUGGGGGGAGGGGUAGAAAGCAGCUUCCUCUUAUUUAUUUGAUUUCAUUUAUUAAUCACUUCCCAUCAAAUAGCUCAAAGGGGUUUCAUAAUGAAAAGGUGGGGGAGGAAUAAUAGAAACAGUUUAAAACUAUUUUAUAUAUACUGUACAAACAAAAACAUUUCCAUGUGUAAAAAGUUAAAACAAUUUCAGCUGCCAGUCUGUUCAGAGUCAUUAGGUGGAAUGGGGUGUGCCCAGUUUUGUCCUUCAGCCAGCAAGCUGUUUGGGCCAUCCUUGGGUCCUGCAACUGCCUGGGAGCGUAAUCUAAGAUCUCUGGUCAUGCAGCCCACAUACCUUUUGCGCUACAUCAUCAUAGCCUUCAAGGAACAAGUGUGGACAUCUUAUGGAGAAACACUGUCUUGUGCAUUUCAUGUGCACACAUGGUGACUAAUAGUCCAUAAAUAACAAUAAAUAAGUGACCUAUUGUGUAGAAUUGCUAUUCCCACCCCCCAGAACAACAGGCAGUUGAUUGCUUUUGACAGAGCCUUGAAUUUUAUUUUGUAUUGGCCUCAUCCUUGCGAUAUCUGAAUUUAAACAAAUAGCUGUUUUUUAAAGUGAGAUUUAACUGUGUGUGUCUAUGGGUUUGGGGUUGUUUUUUUAAGGGCGAUAUCCAUUGUUGGUCAUAGUUGGAAUAGACCUACUGAAAUCAGUGGAGUUAAAGUAUAAACUCUAAGUAUGACUUUGUUGGAUAUUGCCCACUGAAUCUAAUACUCAGAAGAAUGUUUUUAUUAUUAUUACUCCCAAAUUUGGUUUCUCAUCUGCAUUUUGUGAGGGGAACAGAGACUAAGUGUGCAAGAAUGAAGGCUUAUAUCAGUUUUAUUGUGUUUAGAGAUGGGAUUGGGGCGGAGGCUAAAAUCUGCCCAGGACCUUAUCUCAGAUUUAAUAUGAACAAUAGUUUAAUGUUCUUAUUUCCUUUGGGUGGAGCGGGGAAGAACUGUGCAAACAGUUGCCAGUUCUCACUGCUCUUGGAUGCCUGUGUAGUCAUCUUGAUGACUGUGAUACCCCUGUUUUGUCCUUUAAUUCUUACUCUCAUAUUUUUAAUUUAAAAUCUAAUAAAGCACUUUGGAAUAGCAGUGGAUUUUUUUUCAGCUUUGCUUUCUGGGGAAUAAUGUUUUGAAUAAUAUAUUCUUACCAUUUGGAGGAGAAAGUAUGUUGCAUACUGAGACCUUGUAUGCAAGUUCAGAAAAUUAAUAUUCUUCAUCCCUUAAAGGAGAUGACAUUAAUCUCUCUGUACUUGUCGGUCUCUUCUAUGCAUUGCCUUUACUUUACUGUGCUCAAAAGUGGGAACAAGGGCUCUGAGUAAUAGCUGUGUGCAAAUGCUGGCCUGAUUUAUUGCCAUGAGGGUGGAUCUUGGUUUUGCUCUUCAUCUUCUGAACAUUCCGUUCUUGUCCUUGAGUGACCUGAUGAACAAGUGAAGCUCUGCGUGCGUGGAUGUGGUUGAUUUAUCAAUGCAUGUGCCACCAAAAGCAAUCAUAAAAAGAUCCUAACUAACAGAAGAGCUGCAAAAAGUACAGGAGGUCUUUGGAAGCUGCUGUAAUUUCAGAAUGGUCCAAAUGACCUAGGAGAGAGUUCUGUUGUACCCUUGACCUGUUUGUGGGCAGUUGAUGGGCCACCAUGAGAACAAACUGCCUUUGGCGUCAAGUGGCCUCAAGUGGCUUUUCUCAAGGUGUGAAACUGAGGAAGAGGGAAGCUCUCCCAGGUGCGAGCUGUGAGGAUUCACUUCUCUGUAUGUGGACUGAAAAUUAAAGAUCUCAUGGAGCGCUAUAUAUACACAAUUUUGUGCUUUAUUAUAUUAUUUUAUUUCUCUUCUUCCUUUUCUCUUUCCUCUCCCUCCUUUAUUUUUCUUUUUAUGUUGUUAUUUUGACUAGUGAUUUUAUUUAUCAUAUGUUGAAAAUUCUUAAUAAAAUGGAUUUAUAAGAACAAACUGUCAUGGGCCUGACCAAUAGGGCUCUUCUUAUCUCUGUCAUCAAAUUUCAGCUGGGACUUUUAAUUCUACUUGAAUGCCUUCUUGCAUUUCCUUUCUGGCUCAGGAGCCUUUUCUCUGGGGUUCCUCCCCACAACAUUGUUGCCCCAUACCUCCUCUCAAUGUGGCACAGGUCUUCUGAUCUUGUUUCCGCAUCAUGGUGGUAAUAUGCAAUGGGGGCCAUUUAUGCAGUCAAACAGAGCCAGUGGGGCAUAGUCAUCAUGGUUUUUAACAUUUAUACGCAGCCUUUCCAUAAAAGAUGCCCUUAGGAUUGUACUGGACAGUAGAGGCUUCAUCAUGAAACUUGGGUGGGCCUUGGGCCAUUCAGUGUAUUUGAAGCUAACCUUUUGCACAGUUAUUAUUAGUUUAUUAUUUAUUAAAUUUGUAUACCGCCCUUCAUCCAAACAUCCCAAGGCGGUUCACAACAGAAAAAAAUAAAAAAUGAGAAUACAAAAUACAUAAAAGAACAAAAACAGACAAAACCAAUAGCCCCCCCUCACUUUCAGUGAGUAUACUUUGAGGACAAUCAACUUUGGAUACAGGCCAGCCUAUCCAGGAUGCUGAUGGUCCCUCUUACCUCCCCAUAAGACACAGAAGCGUCACUAAUAUUGUUAGCAGUGAACCAGAAUUAAGGGUUGGGGGGAUGUUUAUAUGCUGGUGAGGAUAAUGAUGAUUUCCCCCUUUCAUGUCUCUGUAACACACCACAACAUCUUGCUAGUUCUUUUUUAAUAAUUUAAUAAUUUUAAAUAUUAGGCACUAUUACUAGCAACGAACCAAAAUUCUGGUAUAGGGAGGAGGGGUCAAGCCAUCAACUAGUUAGUUAGUUACUAACUAUCUACUCUUUGUGUGAAAACAAUUUGGGUGAAAUCCCAGGGGGAGGGGAGAGGGAGUCAACAAAUGCAAAUAGAUAAAUCAUGCCUUGUGCGCUUGGGGAUUUCUGUAAGUGUGAAAGGGUUUCAAGGUUUUAAAUUAUCCUUUUAAAAGGGUAAUACAUUUUAAAUGAUGUCUCGAUCCAAACAGUUCUUCUCAUUAAUGUAGUAAUGGCAAACCACUGCUGUCCAGCAGGCAGCAGUCUCUCCAAAAUUAAAGCUUCUGGCUGAAUGCCUGGUUCUAAUUUCAUCACUUCUUCCAAGUGGAGAGUCUUUCUGUACUGCUGCUUGAAAAUGGAGCAACAGAUCUAGUUCAGACUACCAUUUUAACCCAGAAUGGGAAGCCUGUGGCCCUCCAGAUGUUGUGGGACUCCAGCUCCUAUUAGACCCAGCUAGUAUGGCCAGUGGUCAGCAAUGGUGGGAGUUGUAGUCCAUAACAUCUGGAGGGCCACAGGUUCCUAUCAUUGACCUAACCCAUCAUUUAAUGGUUGCAAAUAAGCCUGCAUGACCAAAAAGACCAAAAACUUCCAUUUUCCCUUUACAAUAAACUCUGCAUCUCUGCUACGUAUGAACUUGUCAAAUGGGGGUCAGAUUGGAUCAAAUCAAUCCACAUUCUCAUCACUUGGCAAAGGCAAGAUCUGAACUCUAAACAUCUACCUGUAUUUGGCUAUGCCUCCAGAACAAAACGUGAGUUUAGUAAUAAAAAGGCUGAUCAAAUUUUUGAUUCUUUAGAUUCAGAGAAGAUGGCACAGUAUUUGGAGGAAGAACGCCACAUGAGAGAAGAGAACUUAAGGCUCCAAAGAAAAUUACAGAGAGAGAUGGAGCGAAGAGAAGCCUUGUGCAGACAGCUGUCAGAAAGUGAAUCGAGUUUGGAAAUGGAUGAUGAGAGGUUUGUGUUGCCCGUAUAUUUAGGCGCUGCAGUAAGAAAUCAAAAGCAGUCUAAAAACCAGGUUUCUAAAAAUGGUACUGCCAUAAAAAUGACUUCCCUUGUCAAGUUUCCCCCCUCUAUCAUGUAUUGGACACUGUCCCUUAUGUCCCAUAUUAUUACGCUGUGCAUUUCCCUCCACGUCAGCCGACUUGGUGGAGCUGGGGAGGGAAGAGACACAGCGUAAUGAUACUGGGAGACAAGGUAAGUUGUAAUUAGCUGUCAGGGGGGAGCGUUGUGACACAAGUCUGAUGUUUGGGGCCAUCUGUCCAGUGUAGGGAUAACUUAGCAAAUGAUAUAUAUAUAAUCAAAGUAACAGCUGAGCCAUUCAAGCCAGAGCAUAACAAGAUUUGAGCUUCCAAAAACUGACCACUCUUCUCAGUUCCUUUUGAGUAGUGACUUCAUGGUGCACCUCCUGGCAGCCAGGUCAUUUGUGAAUUUAGCUAGUCUGUGUUGAGGAUUGCCGAAAGGAAGGAGCACACACUAGAUCUGUUAUGGCUGGCACCCGGUCAGAUAAAUCCGAGUCCCUUCUGCAUUUGGUCACUGCACUGGCUUCAAUUGAUACGCAUAAAUUUGCUUAUGAACAAUUCCUUGGAAAGAAAGCAAACAUACAGAAGCACACUGCAGUAGGGCUUUCCUUGCUUUGUCACUGAAGGGAGGCCUUGCCUUUCUGGAAAUGGUGCUUGCCACCAUUAGUUCUUGCAUCAGUACUUUUGUAAAAUAAAUUACUACUUUAAAAACCUUUUAAAACUAGUUGUUCACCAAGCUAGACGGCUUUAUUUAAAAGAGGAUUAGAGAAACUCAUUUAGGAUAAGGCUAUCCAUGGCUACUAGGCCCGAUGGCUAUGCUGUGCCUCCAUGGUCAGAGGUAAUAAAACUUUCCAGUUGCUGGAAACCAUAGGAAGGGAGUGUACGCCUGCGUUCAGAUCACGUUAGUUCACCAAUGAUUUAACUAAACAUUGCAGCCUUGCUAACUACUGAUGCUGCUCUAGUAUCUUCCAGUAUUUGUCUCAUGGUACACAGGACAUAUGCUGGAGGGGAACCUAAAAAUAAAACUUAAGCAAUAUUUCUUGGAAAGAGGAAACUCAUCCGUGUUUAUCUCUUAAAAUAGAUAUUUUAAUGAGAUGUCUGCACAAGGAUUAAGACCACGCACUGUGUCCAGUCCAAUUCCAUAUACACCUUCACCAAGUUCUAGCAGACCUAUAUCACCUGGUAAAUAUAUGCACCGCUUUCUUCUUUAUUUUUAAAUGUAUUGCGAUAAUAUUUAUAUUUAUCUAAUCUUUCUUUUUACAAAAGCAUUCAGCGGAAACUUGUGAUGUGUCCUGAAUUCUGUCAGAGCUUUUGUGUGUAAUUAGCCAGUAAAUGGGAUUGAAGCAGGCUAGAAAUUAAAAUGGGGCAGGCUAGAAAUUAAAAUAACUCAAUCAUAUCUUGCUUUGUCAAUUCCACUAAGCAUAAUAAUUGUGCAAACAGGUGUUCAAAUGCAGUUUGCUCAGGUUAGGAGAUAAUGCCUGUUGCUUUCUUUUUUAUAAGGUGCUGGGUGUUUUGGUAUCUGAGCAUAUUAGCAUUUGUAAACCUACACCGUCUUGCUUUCAUUAUUUUAGGUCUCUCGUAUGCAAGUCACACAGUUGGCUUUACUCCCCCAACUCCACACACCAGAGCCGGCGUGUCUUAUUAUAACAACCCAGGCCUUCAUGUGCAGCAUAUGGGACCAUCCCAUGGUAUUACAGUGAGUAUUUAAGAACUGAGCAUCAUAUCUCUUACACAUUUUGGGGGGGAGGGGGAAUAUAUAUUCUAUGCUGGUUCCAUUUAAGUGUCUUCAACCAGACCACCAUUCAUUCCAUGCUUCCCUUUUUGCACUAGAUAAAACAUUUAGAUUUUUGCUCCAGUAUAAAGAAUAGUGCAUGCCUUCCUCCCUCACCUCCAAAAUCAGUAAUGACUGUGACCUAUAGAUGGCUGUGUUGCUGCAAGAUAGCGUGGCUGAGACUUGGGGGCAGGAUAGUUUCACCUAUGACCUCCCUCCCUCCCUCCAUCAGGUGCCUUUCAUGCACCAGUUCAAUUGCUAUGGUUUCCUAUAACGUUCAGUUUAUUAACUGCUUUCUACUUAAAUAAAAAGUUUUUUUAAAAGAAGAGGAGAACUAGUACCAGGAGCAGCAAGUGCUAGAAAUGAAAGUGGUGGAAGAAAGAAGCUUGGCUACAUUGAGGAUCAGAGCAGUGAUACGAUGAAAGUCAUUCCUGCUCCCCAAGAGAGAAAUGCUGCUUUUCACAUCUUUCACCACCUUGACAGAUGAAUCGUCCCAUAUUUUUCCAGGAUUAGGUGUUCUUGUAGAUAUCCUACAUAUACUGUCAUUCAGUCAUUGUGUACUUUCACCCAUUUUCUGCCAAAUAGACUAAAAAGAUCAGACCUCUUUGUUAAGAUUGCCAGCUGUCUGAGUGUAUUCUGGUCUGAAAAGCCAGGAAGCCUCAGAGCUGGCCCAACAUACUUACUUAUUGGCUCUGAGCCCGCAAGGCCCACCAAUGCCCAGUCUUUCUUCUAAUAAAAACCUGGGAACCCCACUUUGUACUGGGUUUCUGGACAAGCAAAUUGUCCAUCCCUUGCAGUUCUUUCCAUUUUGGACAAUAGUUUUCAAGCUUUUGAUUCCAUUCUUAGUUCCAUUCUGUUUCCUCAGUUUUCCUAGGAAACGUUUUGUAGACUCAUAGUAUUAUAAGAGUUGGGAGGGACCCCAAGGGUCAUCUAGCCCAGCCUUCCACAAUGCAAUUGUGGAGCGAUGAUGAUGAUAAUGAUGAUUCACUGCUCAGCCACAAGGGGAGAGGGGUAGCAACAGUGACUGUACCUGUUGACUUACUCCUGCACAAAACUCUGGUAAAGGGCUCCAUAGGCCUCUUUCACCGAAUGCAAACAGUAAUAAAGGCUUUGUGAGAAUUGAGAGCAGUGAUGGGUAUAAGGGGAGAAUCCUUGAUAGAGCCUCUGUUGCUGAUCAGCCUUGAAGGGCAGGUUUUGAAGCAGCCCUUUCCCUGAGUAUCAUCUGGAGAAAAAGUGGCCCAAGUAUUGGAUGGAGUGAGGUCAGGAGCUAUGAUGGGAAGCCUUUGGAGUCCUUGACCUCUGAUUGCUUAUCUCUGUAGCAGUUUCUCUUAAAAAUUAAAACAAAAAUACAGUUAACAUCUAAUCGAUACACUUAAAGAGUUUCCUCCCCUCACUUGUAACUUCCUUCCUUUUUUAAUUUACUCCAGCCACAGUCCAAAGUGAGGAAAGUUGUGGUUAGUGCCAAGAAGGAAUUGUCUCAAAAUCAUGGUUUGAAAUGAUUGAUUUAGUGUUCAGCUACUACAUCAUUAGAGUUUAAACAUUGUGUGUUGUUAUCCAGGCGUAAUUCAAAUUCAGUUCUUCUAGAAAGGAGCCAUUACUUUCAGCUGCUUUCAAGCUUUCUGCUACCAUUUUGUAUUUCCACUGUGUCAGUAGCAUUUGUUCUUCUCAUUUUGCCCUGCAUGGGACAUGUCAUACGACAGCAGCAUCGCAGUAUCAUGCUUAAGAGGACAGAGGGUUAUGUACAAAAUAGUCAAAGGUUGGAAAAGGCCAGCCUGAGACCCAUAAGAUACUUUUUCCCCUGUUUGAAUUUCUCCACCAGGAAUGAAUUUGAGUUUAAGUGUGUCAAAAGGCAAGAGUGUCCCUGUCUUGUACAUGAGUCUAUGCUAGUCAAAACUCUGGCACUGUUGUUUUCUUUCACAGAGACCAUCGCCCCGAAGAAGCAACAGCCCUGACAAAUUCAAGCGUCCCACUCCUCCUCCUUCUCCCAAUACACAGACCCCACUGCAGCCUGCCCCUCCACCUCCGCCACCCCCUGUGCAGCCUGCAGUCCAGUCGCCAGCCACUUUUCAACAUUCAAUGCAUCCUUCUUCUCAGCCUUAGUGCAUGUGCUCAGCAAAUCUGUAUUCCGAGUUGGACUCAUAACACAGAGCAGUUUACUACAAGCCAAAGGCUUACAAUGGUAUAUUUGGAUUUGACUUAUUUGCACUGAAGUUUUUGAGGCUUCACUGUUUAAUUGUGUUGUACAAGUUUGUCCGAGGUUCAAAUGUUAGCACAUCUCCUACAUGGAAAUCCCUUCUGUGCAAGGGGGUGGGGGAAACAUGAAACCUGCAUGUAGAUAAUCACAUGAAUACAUGUGGUGGUUUUCAUGGUGGGUUUUUUUUUUAACAUGGAUGUGCUUUCCAUGUAGGAAGUGUGCUAUAUUUGAAGUUGCCGUAAAACGCAGCCAGUGUUGUGGAUCUGCAACACUAAAUUUAAAAUAAAAUAAAAAUUCCAUCAGUGUUUUACUUGAACUUACAUGUCUGUCCAUCCUCUGGCUGGAACAUUUGCUACUUUGUUUGGUAUUAUGGCAUUGCUUUGCUGAGCUCCCAAAGCUUAAAUAUAUAUUUUUUUUCUUUCCCCCCAGGCUUCUAGGUUUGUAAAAUAAAAGGGACAGCUUUUUAUAUUUUUUCAUGACAACUUGCAUAUAAAAUUACAGGCACGAGCUGUAUGUUACGAACUCCUAAAUAUUAUAGUGUGUUUCAAGCAUAUAAAGUAAAUCAGCACUACAGUUCAAUAAUAAAAAGAUACAGCUUUUAGUGCAAAAGUGAAAGUCUGACACCUUAAUGCCCAAACUCACUUUUUUUUUAAAUUUUAUCCCUUAAUUUUCUGAUACAGCAGCAAACAUACAUUGACAAAUCCAUACCUUUUCUCCAGUGUGUGGUACAGUCUGAAGUACAAUGUGGGAAGCCUGACUUGUCAGAGUAUAUAGAAUGUAUUGAUCCAUGGACCUUAAAAGUUGAUUGUUUCAUUUCUCAUUCAUGUUGACCUGUAAAACUGUCCGUACUGUUGUUUUCAUCACAAUGAUCUUCUGUAAGUGUGGUUCUGCCAACAAGAUCCUUGUGGCUGAUUAAAGUGUGCUCUCCAAUUUCUGCUUUAGAAAAGCAAUUUGUAUUAAAAAGGCUGAUUCCCCCCUCCCCUUGUUUAAAAUAUAUUGUGUGACACCCCCCUCCUGAAUGUUUGAACCAAUAUUUUAAGCAUUCAAAGAAAAAUCAGAAGAAAAUAUGAUUGAAGGUGCACAUUAUAGCAGCAUAUUGGUGUAACAGCCGAAAAUGUUGUAUUGCUUGGUAGAAAAGGAACAGAUUGCAGAGAAAAGUUAGAUGACAAUAGCAAAUGCAUAUUUAGCAGCAUAAGCCGGUACAAUGUAUAAAGAAAUGUAUUCUGAAAUACAUUCUUUCCAUUCAUUUAGCACAAAUAAAUUGUUUGGUUUCACUUUGCAGUGUAACAAAGUGUCACUUUUUCCCCCUCAAUAGGGCACCUAUCUACUUACCUAGGUGCUUUUUUCUUGGUGCUCCUGCUCAACAGCUUUUACAUAAUGGGGAUUAAUUUUUUAAAAAGCAACAAUAAAAAAAACAAGCCUGAAUUUGCACAGCUCUUACAUGGAAUUCCCCUUAAGCCACCAUCAAACCACAGAUCAGGCCAUUUUGACGGCACAAAAUAUGAAUCCAAAAAUAACCAUGGUGGUGUUGAAAAACUCUUGGCUGCAGCUUGUGGUGAGAAGGGAGCUUGACCACAGAUCCCAGUUUGGAUGACCCGCUGCACCAAACCUCGGCUUAGCUUCCCACAGCUUAAAAGGGGAAAGGACUAGGGAGGAGGAAAGCAGCUGAAAGCACCUCUCCAGGAGCCUGCAAAUUUAUGUGGUCUCCCCAAAUCAAGGUUUGGCUUACCACGUCACGUGAACCAGCUCUCUCUGUGUUGUUAACAUUCUGUUUUGGUUGGUUCUCUUGAGCAGCCAUAGAGCCAGGUGGAAGCCUGGUUCCUUGUGAACCAGAAUUAGCAAAUGAGCCAUAGAAGUGCAACUCUAACCAGUUCCAUGAAAUUCUCCCCUCACUGUUCAACCUUGAUUAAGUGGUAUUUUGGCACAGGUACAAGCCACAGUCCAAAGGGGUUCUCCUUUAUCUUGGAGUGCAACUUGAAAUGUGUUCUACAUCCUGGGUGGGUAGUCAAAGGUGACAUUUCACCUGGCUAGAAAUUGUCCAUGUUAGUCACCAUUAUUGCUUUUGAUUAUCCAUAUAACAAAUAGAAAAUGCAUUUAUUCCUUAAAAGUAAUAACUUGUGUCAACCGUGGGCUGCUUAACAUCUAAUUCUGCUCCCACAUUUUCUCCUUGUGUAGUUUUGUGUGUGUUUCGACAAAUGAUGUUAUGUUGGUUGUAACUUAGAAAGCAACAGUGGAACAUGGAUGGACAACUGUUGAGGUUCUGUUGUGGUGCUUAAAAGCCAAAACAGUGCAAUUUAACUUGAAUUCGGGAAUGCUGUCUAAAACUGAAGUCCUGUAUUCCAGUUUGAGCAUCAAUUAUGUGUGCUGUGAUGAAUUCUCCCCCAUUUGUUCGUCUUCUGAUACACAUUAGCUGAAAACCAAGUAAAAGAUAGAGUGGUAUGCAUUCUUAUUCAAAUAAGUAUUGGCAGAUUUGUGCAGCUAAGAAUUUGUACCUCAGCUUUUAUACAGUCAUCGGUAGGCUAGAGAAACUCAUUCAGACUAAGACUCCCAUUCUAUCAAGGGAUUCUUUUUUCUUGUCUUACAAACUAGAACAAGGCAUCUUGUUGAAUUGUUGUUGACUCCUUAUACUUCUGACGUCACCACACUACCUUUCUCAGAGUUGCAAAGCCACAGCUAUCAGCUGCUGCUCAGUUUCCUCUCUGGUAUAGCAGUCACUCUGUGCUGUAGACACUUCUUCACUUGUUCUAAUUUCCUGUUUCAACUUGGUAGACUAACCAGCCACCCUUACUUUUAAGAAGAAGAAAAGUGCUGCUACAGUGAAUGUCAUCUGGUUAUCUUACCAGCAGACUUGUUUGCAUAGCAUGAGCAGAGCUAAGAGGCAGAUAAUCCAAAAUGCAUUGUUAUGGUAGUUUGCUUGACAUUUUAUGGAAGCAGCUAUGUGGAUUAAGAAGUAAUCUGUGGAACCUCAUUUUCUUUCCCAGCGUUGCUACUAGAAGUGAUUGGAUACUGUUUCUAAAGCACAUUUCAACUGAGAAAAACACUCCCUGAACAUGUUUUUACCAUUUUCAAGAAGGUAAAACAUAGCUGAUUGUGUAGGGCUUAGUGGUUAUUUUUUUAUCCCCUGUAUUGUUUGUAUUCCUCACUUGCACAGAGUUUGGAAUGUGGGUGGUAUGCUAGAUUGUUAACGGCCUAGCUGUUAAUCUGUAUAUGUAAAAUUGAGUUCCUAGAAUGAAAAGCAACACAAGAAGAAGAAGAAGAAGAAGAAGAAGAAGAAGAAGUUGUUUGAAGGGAUGCUGCUCAGUUCUCAAUCGCUUAGGUCACUAGGGGGCAGUGAGCAUCAUUCCAGUGAUGUCCCCUUUUGUGGCACAGAAUGGGAACCUAUGGUCCUCCAGAUGUUGGACUCUUGAUCCCAUCAGUCCCAGUGAGCAGGAAUGAUGGGAGUUGUAGUCCAACAUCUGGAGGACCGUAGGUUCCCCAUCCCUGAUCUGUGCAAAGGGUAGCCAUUGCACUGGAGGCCACAGAAGGGGGCUGGGGCGAACCUGGAGAUUAUUUUGCAGUGCUGUGAGGCAUCUAGAAGAGCUGGAGUGAAUCCCAACCUUCCAUUCCUACGCUUGAAAUCUCAACAUACCUUUCGCUAGUAGCAAGAAUACUUGGUGUUCAUUAUUCUGUUAGUGGUCAGGAAGCUUCAUGGACAGGACUGUGAGGUAGAACAGUAUUCUUAAAAGUGAGACUGGUUAGCCAUUUUAUUCCAAGGGCUGCACUCACUAUAGGUCAGCCUUCUCUUGCACGCUUGUAGACAUGCAAGCAGAGGUGACGAAGCAGUCGUGGCAGCAUGCUGGAGAAGGCACCUUGGGAAUGGAAUGCGGAACUAGAUGUGCACUGGUCGUCUCCUGCAAGGCAGUUCCUUGUUGGCUGUUUGUCAGAGAUGGAAUUUAUAGUCUUAUAUAAAAGUGGGGACACAUCAUGGGAGCAACUCGGCUACAAGUGCCUGCACGCUCAGCCUUCUAAAGGAGCUGCAAAGCACUGCACGACAUACAGGUAAAAGUACAGCUAAGCCCUUUACCUGUAAAUGAAACAUUCACACAUCUUUAUUGCCAGUUCCUUUUGCCAGUAGCCUUAACACAACAUAUCUCAGCCUAAUGUAAGAGGAUGCAUUUCUUUCUGUUUAAACAGAGACAGUUUUAGCAGACUUUAAUGAGCUAUAGCUGUCAUACCAGCUUUAUUUAAAUGAAUGUAUAAUUCUGUUUGCUUCUUUCCAAAACAAGCAGAAGCCAUGACAACAUAUUAAAGUAUCAAGUCAAAUUCCUCAACCUAUUAAGUAACUCACUAGGAUUAUUUCCUGGUAUUCAGGGGGAGGGGGCUGUUUUUGUUUUUUUCUAAAUCACAGACUAGUUUAAUGCUUAAUUCCUGGAGUGUAAAUAAGGAUUUUAAAACUGUUGAAGAAAACUUCCCCUUGUGCUAUGAAUUUGAACUUCUGCCAGAUGCAUAUUUUUUUGUUGCUUAUACACUUAAAUCACAUGGAACAGAGUUUUUGGGUUUCUACCAUUUACCUGGAAAUAACAUGAAGGAUUGUUUCAAAAAAUUAAGAAAAAAAAGCACCUGCCAUUGGAAAUUGCAUGUCUGCAAUUUUUUUAUAAUCCAGCCUUCAAGUGACAGUUUUGUCUGCCAGUAACCUGUAGCGCACCCUCACACAAAGCAAGGCAUGCACACAUAUUCUAACCCCUAAUAGACCUGCCUGUGUUGUUUGAAUCUCCAUGCGCCGUGAGGCUCACUGGGUGAUCUUAGGUCAGUCACACACUCUCAGCCUAACCUACCUCACAGAGUGAUUGAGAGGCUAAAAAGGAGAGCUCAAGAGGAGUCUGUACCUUCUGAGCCACACCUUAUCUGAAUAACCCAUUCCUGGCUUCAAUUUAUUGGCCAUGGCGCAGGUGGCGUGACAGCGUUCCCAUGCCCGUGAUAAAGUCUGGUGUCCGCUCCUGGCAAAUACCAGGGUCUGUGGUCCUCAGAGGGCCUACUGUGGCUGUAGCCAGCUUCCCUUUCUUGAGGGCAGAGGAAUACAUAUUUUAGAGCCCAGCACUGUGACGUAGUCAAUCCCCAUCUUCAUUACCUCACAAUGCUGCUCUCCCCACAUUUCCCCAGAGGCAUUCCAGAAAAAUCAAGAUGGUUGCAACAGGAGGCUGAACUCCUGCUCAGCACCAGAGACUGCUGCCAUUUUCUCCUUUGCGGCCCAGUAAAUAUUUUUGUGGAGUGAGAGGAGGGCACCUAUAGGUGGUAUUCAACACCAGUUAAACUGGCCAAAAUGUAUAG